CAUCGCUCGUGCUGCCACAGGAGCUGUCAAUGAUCGGGAAGCAUCAUGGCAGGGAUGGAGCUCGCACCGUUCAGACCGUGGGAUGAUUUUUUCCCUGGUGUUGACCGAUUCUCCAGACCUGACGUGUCUGAUUUAAGCAAAUGGAAUAACAGAGUGAUCAGCAAUCUGCUUUAUUAUCAGACCAACUACUUUGCAGCCGCUAUCGUCGUAAUUCUGAUUGUCGGUUUCAUGAACCCGCUGGGCAUGUUUCUUGGUGGAGCGGUCGUGGCUCUGGUCUUCAUGGGCUCUGUGUGGGCAGGAGAGAAUAAAGCCGUGAUCAAGAACUUCAAGAAGAAAAACCCCACUCUGUUUGUUGUGGGCGUCAUGGGAAUCAGCUACUUCCUGUUGUCCUUGUGUGGAGGAGUGAUGGUGUUUCUCUUUGGUAUCACAUUCCCAAUGCUCUUGAUACUGAUCCACGCUUCUCUGAGACUUCGCAGCAUGAAGAACAAGUUGGAGAACAAGAUCGAGGGCGUUGGCCUGAAGAAGACACCCAUGGGAGUCAUACUGGAUCUCCUGGAUCAACAAGAAGAAAAAAUCAACAAAAUCCAGGAUUUCUUGGAGAGUAAGCUGAAAGAUUGAGCAUGAACCACUUCAGUGUCAACUAUAUCCAGCCACUCUUUCUUCUUGAGUUGUUUUUUGUUUGUUUUGGUCUUGGUUUGACAGCCAAAUACCAAAAUGGAAAUAUCUUUUAAAUACCAAAGUACGACUAAGUUCCAAACGCAUACAUGUUUGUCACGUCACAUCACCAGAAAGUAUGAUUGGAACUGUUGACGAUGCUGUUGUUUAGUUCUUGCUAGUCUGUCAAACUCUUGUCCUGGCUAGACGUCCUAAACUCAUUCCCAAUGUGUAUAUGCAGCUUUCUUUUGACAUUUUGUCUAUUAUUGUUUUUAUACAGAAUGAAUUAGCAUAAAAGUGUAUGCUUUGUAAAGCUUGAAUAGAUUUCUAUAGACAGAGUCACUGAAAGCACUUUGAAAUAUUGUAGAUUUGGUUAUAAUCCUUAUUUUUCCCCUAUGGCGAAAUGAUCAUCGUUCUUCUAUUGCACAUCUGUAAAAGAAAUGAAAUGUUUCAUAAUCCGAGCUGAUAUGACAUAUGACGGAUGAGUGUGUAUUUAUUGCAUCCCUUGCCAAAUUGCAUGUUUCUUUUUUGGCUAAUGCAAGCUUUGCAGUGAACAAACAUUUACAUGCUUCUGAACUUAAUGCACAAGUACUGUUUGUUUGCUGGUUUGAAUAGAUUUAAUAAAGGUGGAAUGUGGAAAAGUUUGGGCAUGAUAUGAAUCAGUACAAAAUAAACACCCCCUUUGGCAGAAA